GCAACAGCAGCCGCAACAGCCACAGCCACAGCCGUAUCCGGGCGCCAGCGCCGUGGCGGCUGCUGCAGCGGCCGCUGCCGGUCAUCCGGGCGUGCCAUAUCCGCGCUCUAUGCACGCGGCCCAGAUGCACUACUCGACGGCAUAUCCGCCCAACUAUUAUUCACCGUAUCCGGGCGAGGUCAUGUGCUAUUCGCCGCCUGCGUAUCAGCCGUACUUCUCAAGCAAGGUCUAUCAGAGCGGCCCGCCGCCGCCCGCACAUCCGGCUGCGCAUCCGCCGCCACCGCCGCCUCCGGGCGCGUAUCGACGCUAUCCGUAUUAUCAGCACGCUGGGCCGCCGCAUCCGCCGCCGCCGGAGCUUUACGAACAGCAACCGCCGCCACCGCCGCCCCAAGGUGUGCCCCAGCCGCCGCCGCAGCAGCAGCAGCAACAGCAGCAGCAGCCGGUCUCGAUUGCCGCAGCGGCAGCAGCUGCCGCCGCCGCCGCCGCAGCAGCAGCAGCGGCCGGUGCCACGCCCGCCCCGGCUGGCACCCAGCUGGUGCCCGCCCACCAGCACCAACAGCACCUGGAACAUUACCCGGGACCGCCCAGCUACUACGCCGGAUACAGUCCCGGAGGCGGCAGCGCCGCCGGCCAGUGCUACACGCGCGGUCUGCAGGGUCCGUAUAUGGAGUAUCCGCCGCAGUGUCCGUGUCCAAUGCAACAAUCGUGUCCAAAAAACGUCCAUACUGGGCCUCAUAUUGGUAGCAACAGCAACAGCAGCAGCAACAACAGCAGCAGCAACAGCAACAGCAGCCACAACAGCAAUUGUUCGAUGCACAAGACGAGCAGCAGCAGCAACAAUUUGCUGCUGAAUGCUACGAGCAACAGCAGCAGCAGCAGCAACAGCAACAGCAGCAGCAAGAGCAAGAGCAAUAUGUUUGUGCCUGGCAGCAUGCCGAGCAGCGAUGGCAGCAACAGCAGCAACUGCUUGACUUCCAGCAGCAGCAGCAGCAAUAUUUUAGCAGCAACAGCGAUAACAACGACAGCAAUAGCAGCAUUAGCAACAUCAGCAACAGCAACAGAAACAGCGCUGACUACCAGUAGAGGCCCAGUUAAAAAUGGCAACAACGAUACGAUAAAGACAACUAGCAGAGAUACGACAACAAUGACAACGACAAUGCCAACGGCAACGGCAACGGCGGCAACGAACACAACAGCAACAGUUGCCUCAGUUGCAACAUCGGCGACAACGACCACCAACAACAUGGGCACCCAAUGCCAGAUGCUGGUCAAAACGGAGCUUAAGAGCGACGCCGAGUGCCAGGUGACCAAAAUGCAGUACGAGGCGCACGUGAUGCCGCCGCCAACUCCGCCGGAGAGCUACUGUGCCAGCGACGACAAGUUGCUGGAGGAGCAGGAGCAGGAGCAGGAGCAUGAGCACGAGCUGGAGCUAGAGCUCGAGCAACGGCAGCAGCAGCAGCAGCAACAACAUAUUGAAUCCUACGAUUUGACGGGCAGCACGCCGCCGCCUCCUGUUGUGAUGCCGCGUAAGGCGCGCAUUGGCAAGAGCAUGGCCAGGGAGAUGGUCUAUGCGGCGCAGCAGCAGCAGCAGCAGCAACAGCUGCAACAGCAACAGCAGCAACACUUGCUGCAACAGCAACUGAAACAUAAAGAGCAGCAACAGCUUCUCAGCAAACAGGCUGAGGCCGAACCACAAUUGCCUUUUGUACUUAAAGCAGAAAUCAAAGCGGAAACCAAAAUCAAAAUCGAGCACGAUGAGCUAGCGGCAGCAGCAGCAGUUGCCGCUGCCUCGGCAGCUUUAACGGCGGCAACAUGCAACACACAUAUCAGCAAAAUGCCCGAUCUGAAGCCCACAAUCAAGACGGAGCCGGAGCUCGACUUGGACAUGCAAAAGCCACAGCAGCUGGAGCAGGAGCAGCAGCAGCAGCAACAACAAUUGCCCCCUAGCAGCAGCAGCAGCAGCAGUGGCAGCAGCAAUGUUGCCAAGCAGCGCAUCAAUUUGCUUGCCUCGGCCACGCAGGGCAAGAAGUCAAAGCCGCACAGCUACAAGAGUCUGAUCAAGCAGGCGGAGCCAAAGAAAUAUCUGUGUCCGGGCCGUAAGUUCGUGCGGCGCUACGGCCGUGCGCCGGCCAAAUAUGUGAAGCGCCGGCAAAUGUUGCUGACGCAGCGGCAGCAACGUUUGCGUCGCGAGCAACAGCAGCAGCGCAGGCAGCAGCAGCAGCAAAAGCAACAGCAGCAGGCAACAGCAACAGACCAGGCCACAGCAGCAACGGCAACGGCAACAGCAACGGCAGCAGCAACAUUGGCUCUGGCCAACAGUUGCUCGCCCAGCGCCUCGCCAAAGCGCGCGCGUCCGCGCAAGCAAGCGAUUGCCGCACUGCAUCUGCUGGACAGUUUGGAUACGACGCUGACGCGUGGCUAUUUCAGCGAUCCAGAGCUGAACAGCGGCAGCAGUAGCAACAGUCGCAGCACGGCCAACGUUGGGCUCUAUGCGCCGGCCAUACCGUCGCCGCUGCUGGCGCCGCAGCCGCAGUCGCUGUCGCAGUCGCCGGCGCAGCCGACGCUGGCAAGCGAGAAGCGCUCCAAGUCGGAGACCAAGAAGCCGCUAACCCAGGCAAAUUGUGCGGCCAGCGCUGUGUUGGCGUCGCUGGCGACGACGACAGCAGCAACGCUGCCAGCGCAGUCAACUACCUCAGCUGGCGUUGAGCCGCCGGCCAAAAAGGCGCGCAAGCAGCCGGCCAAGCCCAAGGCCAGGCCAGCAACGGCCAAGAGUCGAAAGGCAGCAGCAGCAACAGCAACAGCAACAGUUGCUGCCGAGACGAACAACAAUGAGUAUCAAACGGCAGACUUGCAGGUGCAAAAACUAAAUGCCACGCCCACAGUGCCAGUUGAUGCUGCUGCUGUGCACGAAAUAUUGCCAGCAACAGCAGCAACACCAGCAACACCAGCAGCAGCAGCAGUAACAACACAGUCGCAGCAACAUUCCGAUGAGCAACACAAGUUCCUGGUGCCCCACAAGCCAAGUGAAACACCAACAACGCUCACAGCGCCCACAACAACAACAACAGCGACAGCAGCAACAGCAGCAACAGCAACAACAGCGACAGCAGCAACAGCUGCAACAGCAACAUCCGCCGCAACACGCCACGCCCCAACGGCAACGCACACGAAACGCGCCCGUUCGCGUUGCAAAUUCGGCAACCGCAAGAAGCAGCGACAGCGGCCCAGCGGCGUCAGCUACGAGCUGGACGAGACUGAGCCGCCGGCAACGCGGGCCAAUGUGGUGCCCAAGUGGAACAACGGCUGGAUGUGGGCGGGCAAGGCCUUUCAGCAUCGAGUGUUUCUCAAUAGCGAUGAUCCGUGGGUGCUGCGCACCUGCUAUCCGGCCAUGCGGCAUGUGGAGGGGGAUAUUAUACGGACGCGCGACUGUGUCCUGCUGAAGGCCAACGAGGACAACGAACUGCCCUAUGUGGCCAAGGUGGCGCAUCUAUGGCAGAAUCCCGAGGAUGGCGAAAUGAUGAUGUCGCUGCUGUGGUAUUAUCGGCCCGAGCACACGGAGCAGGGCCGGCAGCGCAACGACUGCCCGGACGAGGUAUACGCAUCGCGGCAUCGGGAUCACAAUUCGGUGGCCUGCAUCGAGGACAAGUGCUACGUGCUGACCUUUAGCGAGUACUGCAGAUAUCGACGACGUCUGCGCGCCGCCGAGGAGGAUGUGGAGGAUGUGAGCAUUGUGCCGCGACGCACCAAUACGAGCAAUUGCUUUCCGGUGCGCACCGUGCCGGACCAGACCAAUCCGGAGCUGGUGAUGUUCUGUCGUCGCGCCUACGAGUUCCGCACGCGCCGCCUGCUCAAGCUGCCGCAGAAGAAUGCGCUGGUCUGCAGCUAGCGCCGGGCCAGGAUGAAGGCCACCAACUGGCCGAGACCACACACACAAACACACACAGACACAUACGGACGACCAAAAUGGGGAGAGGAGAAUGAAUGAAGGGAAUUGGUUGGAGCACACGCAGUUGAAUUUCAAGCAAAUCUUUUGUGUAUUACAUAACUCCUUAUUUAUUACA